AUGUCGUAUGGUUAUGGUUAUGGAUCUGGCGGUGGUGCUGGUGAAGACGUCAACGCAUACAAUCCAAGAAUGCAUUCCAAAGUUGCCGAAAAGGAAGGAUUUCAUAUGGGUGGGGUCAGCGACGAACCUAGAACAUUAUAUGUUGGAAAUUUGGAUCCAUCUGUAAAUGAGGACUUCCUUGCUACACUUUUUAAUCAAGUUGCAACUGUCACAAAGACAAAAAUUAUUUUUGAUGGAACAAGCGAUCCGUAUGCAUUCGUAGAGUUUCUUGAUCACGACCAAGCUGCUCAAGCUCUCCAAACUAUGAACAAGAGGCUUUUGUUGAACAAGGAAAUGAAAGUUAACUGGGCUGUUGAACCAGGACAACAAACUGUCAAAGUCGACACUACUAGGCAUUUUCAUGUGUUCGUGGGCGACCUAUCAUCGGAGGUUGAUAAUAAAAUCUUGAAAGAUGCUUUCUCUCCAUUCGGAGAUAUUUCGGAUGCCAAAGUUAUUCGUGAUACUACAACGUCGAAGUCCAAAGGAUAUGGAUUUGUUUCGUAUCCAAAAAGAGAGGAAGCCGAGCGUGCUAUUGAACAGAUGAAUGGCCAGUGGCUCGGAAGACGUACUAUCCGCACGAACUGGGCUACAAGAAAACCUGGCGACAGCCAACCGGUUACUCAUAACGAAAAGUCGUACGAUGAAGUGUAUAAUCAGACAUCAGCUGAUAAUACUUCUGUAUAUGUUGGCAAUAUUGGUGGAUCCGUAACUGAAGAAGAUAUUCGAUCUGCAUUUGCCGAUUAUGGCCGCAUUGUGGAGGUGCGUAUUUUCAAAGUACAGGGCUAUGCAUUUGUCAAGUUCGAAUCAAAAGAAAAUGCCACGAAAGCUAUUCUUCAAAUGAACGGCCAAGAUAUCUGUGGAAAUGCGAUUCGGUGCAGUUGGGGAAAAACUAACGAUUCUUCCAAAUCUACUUCAACUGGUGGUUAUGGUUAUGGUUAUGGCGCCGGAGGGCAAGCUGGAGCUUCCGGCUACGGAUAUGGUGCUCAAGGCUAUGCAGCUGCCGCAGGAUCGACCGCCCAAGGGGCUGGAAACAAUUCGCAGUAUUGGCAGUAUUAUGCUCAAUACUACAAUAACCCACAAUUGAUGCAACAAUGGAGCAACUACUGGCAGCAGCAAGGCGGUCAGGGAAGCGGAACUCACUGA